GGAACGGCCCGGGGCCUGCUCUGGGCGGGGCGCACCGGGGCCGGCCUGACCUUCAGCGCAGGCCCGCGCGCCGGGGGCCUCUCCGGCCUCUCCCCCCGCCUUACCCCCUCGUUGAGCUGCUCGAAGAGCGCGUCGGCGCCCUGGUCGAAGGCGCGCUCGAACAGGAUGGCGCCCAGCACGACGGACAGCGCGAAGGUGGAGGCGCUGUAAAUCCUGGAUCCUCCGUUCCCAUGGCUGGGUGCCGAGGAACUGCCUGAUGGUUCCCAGGCCGUGCUGAGGCUGCUCUGCCAGGACAGAGAUGGGGAAAAGGUACUUCUGUGACUACUGUGACAGGUCCUUCCAGGACAACCUGCACAACAGGAAGAAACACCUCAAUGGAGUGCAGCAUCUCCGGGCUAAGAGAGUCUGGUACGACUUAUUCCGAGAUGCCGCCGCUAUCCUGCAGGAGGAGCAAACCAAGAAACCCUGUCGGAAGUUCCUGCAGACAGGACAGUGUGAUUUUGGGUCCAACUGCAGAUUUUCCCACAUGACAGAGCAGGACCUGGAGAAGCUGAGUGCUCAAGUUCAAGGGGAGAAGAGGCUGAAGGAGCUGCGGCAGGAGGGAGCAGAUAUCCCACCUGGCACCAUCGAGGACUGGCUGGAGAAGAGAGCCCAGAGACUGAGUGCGGCUCAGAGCAACAGCCUGUGCCUGUCGUGUUCCUGCUCUCCCACAGCCUCCCCUGGGCUCAGCUGCUCCGAGGUUGUCUCCCUGCCUCUGGAAUGUGGAUCCGUGCUCAGCAGAGCUCCGGCCCUGCUCAGGGGCUGUCUGCUGUCACCUGGAGCAGACAUUCCCUGUUUCCCAGGGCAGGAUCCGUCCCCUUGGAGCGCUGCUGUCUGCACUGCCCGCUCUCAGUCCAGCUCCACGCUGGGCUCCGUGAUCCAGGCUGGAGAAGGGAGCUGCAACCAGGCUUUUGGAAUUGAUGUUUAAUUUCCUCAGGUGUUUAUGACUUGUGCUGGUUCCUGAUAAAUUCCGGGUGUGAAGCUGCCUGUGUCCAGGAGCUCCUGGUGAAGAGCCUGGGGAGCCCCCUCAGCCCUGCUCCUGCUCCUGCUGUGCUGGGGGCGAGGGGCAAGGAGGGAAAACAUCCCCAGGUUUCUCCACAGGGAGAGUUUCUCCAACUUAUCUCUCCUCACCAGGAAAGGGGUGGAUGAGGGAGGCCCUUGGCUUUCUCAGCAAGGGAAGUGGAUGUUCCAGCUUCCCUGCAGGGGGGGGGAUCCUGUCCAGCAGCAUCCCGGGAUGCAGCUCUCCGGCAGCGGGGCUGUCCAGGAGGGCUGUGCCCGCUGCCAGUGCAUUCCAGGUUUGGCCGGCACGGAGCUGGUGGGUCCAGAUUCAUGAAGAGCAGGGGCAGCAGCCAACUGCCUGUGGCCAAAUCCCGCCUGGAUCACGCUGACACAGGGCAGAGCUCCCGCCUCGGGAUGUGAUGGCAAAUUGUCACGGGAGCGUCAGCCCCUGGGACCCAGCUCUGACAGGAGCAGGGACUGGAUGUGACAGAAGCCUGGAAACAGCCUUGGCCCGAGCCUGGAGGAGCUCUGAGCCAAACUAGAGGUGUUUUUAUCCUUCCAGCAGGAGCCCUGGGCUUGCUGGAGAGCGGGAGCACAGGGCCUGGGAUCAGCCCUGUGUCCCUUCCUCAGUUUCCUAUGCAGGAGGUAACAAACAUCCACUUGGGAGUGAAUUUGGGGGUGAAUCAGGGUCCCUUGGAGCACCUCCAACACAGAGGAACCCCGGGAGCUGCGGGAUGCUGGCGUGCUCCAGAGUGGGAGCAUGAGCUGUGCCUGCUCUCUCCAAGCUUGGAAGUGCAUCCCUGCACCCCCAGCCUGGCUCGAGGGAGAACCCCAAGGAGCUGGGGAAUGCUGGGGCCUGUCCCCCUCAAGCCCUGCUGACUGGAGGGGGACAGUGGCUUCUCUGCUGGUGGCAGCAGGAGCUGGGACAUGGACAUGGACACCCAGCGAGGCCACCGGCACUGACGGAUCAAGGAACUCCCACUCUUGUCUCUCUCACAGACUUUUUUGUUUCCCAGUCAAGCAUCAAAAUCCUCCCCUGCUCCUCUCCUGGGUUUGGAGCUGUGCUUCCAUCAACCCCCCAGGCCCAUCCGUGCUCUGUGUGCUCUAGUCCUGGUGGGUUUUCCAGCUGAUCCAGGAGGUGUUGCUUUACCCAACACUCCCAAACUCCACAGCUCCAAAACUGCUCCCCAGAUCCAGCUUAAAUUUGGUAGAGAGACACAUCUCUGGUGGAAAGGCCGAGCUCCCGGCAGCUCCCUGGGUGAGCUGUGGAGCCCGACUGUAAAUGAAAGUUCGUUGUAAAACACAACAGCCACAGCCUCUCCACACUCUGCCUGAGCUGCUCCUGGAGCAGAAAUUCCCAAUAAAACUGGAAAGGCAAGAGCAGGAGCGUUCCCUGCUGAGCUCCAGCCUGUCCUGGGGAGUGAGAGGGGCCGAUCAGGGGGGUUAAUUAAAACAGGGGUUUUCCCACAAAAGCUUGUGUGAUCUGUGGCCCGUGGGCUGCAUUCCCUGCAGGAUGUCGUGGAUCCACGGAGCUGAACGUUCCCUGCGGGACGUCAGGGAUUCCCAGAGCUGUGUAACCCCCGGGGGCUCGGAGGGGGCCGUAAAUUGCAGGUUUCUGGGGGUGUUACAGCAGUGUCAGGAGAUGUAACGAUGCCAUGGAUCAGCACCGGGAUGGGACACGGCCCCUGUGGGCUCAUCCAUGGAAAAAGGCCAUGGGAGGAGGACAGGAACAGGACGGGGCUCCCGGCUCCUUCCUUCCCCCGGGGAUGGCUAGUGCUGGAUCCCAAGGGAUGCUGCAGGGAUGGACUCACGUCCCCGGGGUGGGGGUGAGGAGCUGCUACCCGAUCGUGGAGCACGAGCCAAAGUGCCUUUGCUGGAGCAAGAGCUGGAGUAAUUUAUCGGGAAGCUUUUAGGGAAAUGAGGCCCUGCUGGGCCCCGGCCAAGCACAGCCCCGCUGGGCUCUGCCCGUGUCCUCUGGCAGCUCUUCCCGGGAGAGGGACGGGAAUGGGAGUUGGAAUGGGGACGGGAUGGGGACAGAGGUGAGGGCAGGACAGGGGCAGGGAUGGAAAUA